AUGAAAGCGCAGCAGUCUCAUUUGAUAUUGGUGAAUGUAGUCGGAGCCUCCCAUCCCUUGGCCCUAAUGCCCUUCAAAAAUCCCCUGUGGUCAAUUGCCCGCAGCUACUCUACCCGGCCAGCGAGGUCGCGGCUCGGGAAGAAGGCCUUGAGCCUGGAUCAUUUCCUCCAGAGAUCCCGCGUCAUAUCCCUCUACCGCGAAAUCAUCCGCGGCACACGGCGCAUCGCCGACCCAAACACCCGCGCUGAGUCGAGACGGUACGCCCGCGAUGAGUUCGAACGUCACCGAGAUGUGACGGACCUUGGACACAUCCGCUAUCUCAUCUCAACAGGCAAGACGGAGUGGCAGGGCAUGGAACGAUACGUCGACGGAAUGUAA